CUGAGGGCUUCUACACCCUCCAUCUAGUCCUUUCCUGAGGAGGUGGCCAGCAAACCAGAAAGUUGGGCUCAGUCCCUGGGUGGUGGGCCAGCGUUCCAGUUAACUGAACCAAGAUAUUGGUUCCUACUAGGUUGUGAUGCACAUGUUUAAUCCCAGUGACCAGAGGCUGAGGCAGGAGAGUUGCAAGUUGGAGCCCAGCCUGGACAACUUGGCAAUAUCCUGUCUCAAAACCUAAAAAUGGGCUGGAGGUAUAGCUCAGUGGUAAAGUGCUUCUGGGUUCCAUCUCUAGUACCCUCCUCGAUGAUACUGGUUUCUAGUCACUGACCCACUGAGGUGAGUCCAGGGCCACCAUUGUCAUUCUCACCACCUUGGCCUUCCAGUUACUUGAGCUAGCAUUGACAGUCCUUUUGGGGGACAGUGGGACAUACAGACUUAGGUUAGACUUGCAGCCCCUGCUGGAGGGUUGACAACAUGACAAAGGAGUCUCUGGAAGGACAGGCAAUUCUGAGCAGUAAGGACAGUUCCCAGCUUGCAUAUCCCACACACAUUGGGUGCAGAUCCACAUGGCCAGGUGUUCAGCCUUCUUUGAGGCCAGGUCAGACUUCUCAGGUGCCAGUUACCAGGAAAGAAAGGGAAAGAUUUGAUUGUGUCCUGUGGGAUCUCACUGGCUCAUCUGCUGCAGGUCCUUCACUGUGUCUUCCUCCCAUAUGGGGAGGAAUAUGGGGAUUUCCUACAUAUUUGAGUGUCAGCCAUCAACAAGCGCAUUUAUUUUUGCUUAUAUUAGAAAUCUCUGCACUUAUCCCCAGCACCCAGCACAGAGUGGUGCUUAAGAAUAGCCACCAUUUGCCUAUGCGGGUGGCACCCCACAGGGAAGUUCCCCUACACUGCCUCAUGUGAUCCUUGUGCAGUGGGUGUCUUGUUUGCCUUUUCAACAUGAAAACAUUUGCUCAGGGUCAUGUAACUGGCGGUCACCACAGGCGAUUCAAGCUCAGGUCUGUCUGGCUCCUGAACCUGUCCCUUUUCAUCACCACCACAUACUUUUUGGAUAAAUUGAGUUUGCUGCUGCUUUUGGUUAAGAUGGCAGGGCGGAUACCUGGCCAGCACUGAUGCCGUGAGAGGUCUUCAGGGAUGGAGAGUGGCCUGCCUGGUGACAGUACAGGAGAUGAGCUGGUGAUGAAGAUCAAGCAAGAGAAGCCAGAGUGGCUGCUGCAGACACAGGCCGUGCUUCCCGAGAAGGACAAGGAGAACAUUUUCCAGCAGCAUCGGGGCCUCCUGCCAUGCCAGACCAUGGGGCGACCUCGGGGUCUGGGGACACAGGAAGAGACUGGGGGUCCAAGGUGGGCUCCUCCCACUGAGCAGGAUGGGCUGCUGGCAGGCCGGGCUCCCGGGGCCGCCCCUGGCCCUCUGAACCCCACAUUUUCUGCUGGAGAGGGUCACUUUGUGUGCGUGGACUGCGGGAAGAGGUUCAGCUGGUGGUCGUCCCUGAAGAUCCACCAGCGCACCCACACCGGAGAAAAGCCGUAUCUCUGCGGUAAGUGCGGCAAGAGCUUCAGCCAGAAACCCAACCUGGCCCGCCACCAGCGGCACCACACAGGCGAGCGGCCCUUCUGCUGCCCGGAGUGUGCAAGGCGCUUUAGCCAGAAGCAGCAUCUACUCAAGCACCAGAAGACCCACUCUAGGCCCGCCACCCAUGCGUGUCCUGAAUGUGAACGUUGCUUCCGCCACCAGGUGGGCCUCCGCAUUCACCAGCGCGCACACGCCCGGGACCGCCAGGGCUCCCGCGCUGGUCUGCAUGAAAUGCUUCGGGAAGCCGCUGUACGACGGGCCUGCCACCUGCGGCCCGGGACACCACGGGGCCGCCCAGAGUGGGCCUGGCUGGGGCUCUGCCAGGGCUGGUGGGGCCAGCAUGGGGCCCGGACCUCCGUCCCUGGCCCCUCGGGGCCCGGAGAACAGCGCCAGUUCAUCUGCAAUGAAUGCGGCAAGAGCUUCACCUGGUGGUCCUCGCUGAACAUCCACCAGCGCAUCCACACGGGCGAGCGGCCCUACGCGUGCCCCGAGUGUGGCCGCCGCUUCAGCCAGAAGCCUAACCUGACGCGGCACUUGCGCAACCACACGGGGGAGCGGCCGCACCCGUGCCUGCACUGUGGCCGCAGCUUCCGCCAGAAGCAGCACCUGCUCAAGCACCUGCGCACGCACCUGCCGGGCGCCCAGGCUGCAGCGUGCCCCAGCUGUGGGCAGAGCUGCCCUAGCCGAGCGGCGCUGCGGGCCCACCAGCGUGCGCACGCCGCUGCCGAGCGCUGCAGCCCUGGGCCUGGCGUCCAGGACCCGGAGCCAGGUGCAGAGCCACAAGCUGAGGCCCCUCAGGACUUGGCUGUGCAGCCCCACAGCCCCCAGACGCCACAGGGGGGUGGGGCCGCGCCGUGGGGCCGGGGGCGCGGGGGCCUGGCCGGGCCGGGGGAGCCGCGCCAGUUCAUCUGUAACGAGUGUGGCAAGAGCUUCUCGUGGUGGUCGGCGCUCACCAUCCAUCAGCGCAUCCACACCGGCGAGCGGCCCUACGCGUGUCCCGACUGCGGCCGCCGCUUCAGCCAGAAGCCCAACUUGACGCGGCACCAGCGCAACCACACGGGCGAGCGGCCCUACCAGUGCUCCGCCUGCGGCCGCGGCUUCCGUCAGAAGCAGCACUUGCUCAAGCACCAGCGAGUCCACCGCGGAGCCUUGUCACCGCACCCUGGCCCCCAGGAGGAGGCGCUGUAGUGCACCGGUGCUGCGCACGGCAGAGGGGAUUGUGUGUGGUGUGUGUGGGGACAGGGAUAGCCUGAAAACUGGCUCUUAACAGGUCCCUCCUGAGACCCCAUCAAAAGGUAGUACCUUGAGGCUCCAAGCCCCAGAGAACAGCAUUCCAGAAGUAUCCCAUUUCCAACGGGUGCCUGAAAAAGUGCCCAGGGUGUGUUGGGGGAGGAAUUAAGAUCAGCACUCCUCACCCAGGAGCCUGGAUGAGUUGAUGAUGGGCUGCUCCCGUCUGUACACAAGAGGUGUACCCCAGCCUUAGGAACCGAAUGAAGGGGCUUUUUGGCACCCUCCAGAGGCGAGAAAUGUUCCCAGGAUUGGUCAGUUGUAGCACUGGCCUGUCACACCUGGGCUGCACCAUGACCAGGGGGCUGUCCCUAUGGUAGAGUAGAGACAGACUCCAGAAUACCAGGAAAGGAGCAGAGGUGGUGGAUAGGAGGGGACAAGCAUAACCCCAGCACCAAAGCUAGUGCCACAUUUAGUGGCAUCCAAUAACUAUUUCUGGAGGGACUGGGGGGCUUGGUCCUUCUCCAACCCUGAGUGAGUGCUGGGUAUGGCUGGCCUGGCCCUUGAACUGGCGUAUGCGUGAUGGUCAGGGACAGGAGUGCAAGUGGAUGAUCUCAGCUGAGAUUUGGCCACUUGGGGAGGUGACUGUGCUGGAGGGAGCCACCAUCUUGCUUCUGCUUCUGUCCCCAAGUGGGUGGGUGGCUGUUACUGACUUGGAUCUUAUCCCUCCUGGGGUUGCAGAAGAGAAAAAUGAAGAACUGAAUAUUC